AUGACUGAUAUCCUUAGUAGACCCAAAAUACCUCCUCCUCCUUUACCUCCACCGCAUACAUCAUCAUCUUACAACGAAGACACCGACGGUUCUGAAGCCGAUACUGCUUUAAACACCCCUACAAGUUGGACUACGGACCAUAGCAAUCGUUGGUCACUCGCUUCGGCCAUGUCAACAGCCUUCUCUCGCCAUAGCUUUAUCCAUCACAAGAAGAAACGCAGCAAUGAUAUCCAUCAUCAAUCUACAACAACAUCAUCAUCACCACCUACUUUACCCCCACGUCCCGUUUCCACAUAUCAUAUCCCUUCUUCUUCUACCUCCAUUUCUCACAAAUCAUCAUCCCCACCACUACCAUCAUACACGUAUCGAGCAAGUUGGGCACCAAGAACAUUAUCAUCAGCAGCUUCGGAUGGGUCAUUGAAAUUAGCUCUUGAUGAUGAUCAUCAUCACAGCAACAACAACAACAACGGCUACUUGUCAGUGAAUGCAGCAGCCACCACAACAGCACCUCCGCCAUUACCCAAACACGAUGGUCGACCGCCCACACCACCACGACAUCAUGAUGAUCAUCCACCUCCUCACCAUCACCACGAUUCUUAUUUACAUGUUGUUGAGGAUCCAUUUGAAGGUGCAUCAUGGUCAGGCUCGGACUUGCGACAAUUAUUACACGAAGACAACCAUGAUUAUCAUAACAGCCGCAGUAGCUUUUUAUUACAACAUCCCAAUGGCAGCAGUGUUAGUAAUAUCAGCAGCACCAACAGCAGCAGUGGAACCACCAAUAGUCCAAUUACACAUUCAACCGAGUCGACUCGUAGCAGCAGUAGUAGUAAGCGUGCUUGUGAUCAUGAGAUGGUGCGUGUGGCAAAGUUAUUAUCGGCUGUAUACGAGUUUGAAAACAGGCCACAGAUGCAUCAGGAGCCACAACAAGUGCAGGAUUUUUGUGGCCAUCUCAGACAGCUUCUUGAGGAUUGGGCUGAGCAACCAACAACGGCAGUGGGUAGCAUGGCUGCACGUCGACUCAAACGAGACAACCACAACGUGGCCACCAGAACAAAUAUGGCAGCAAAUGCUGCUACUGUCGGCGGCACAUUGUUGUACUACAAUGUCCGACAUGCUCAUUAUUAUCGACGACGAAGAUUACGACGACAGCAAACUUCCAUUCUACGUCAACGUGUACGGCAACGACGUCAACAACGAGUGAAUCACCAUGACAACGAUGAUGAUGAUGAUAAAAAUGAGGAUGAUGGACAUCAUGAACAAGUGGCUCAAUUGCAACAACGAGUGGAUAAAGCUGAAGCUGAGACCCGUGCUGCUCAACAAGCAACUCGACUUGUUCAAGCUGAUAUGCAUGAAAAGAUACAACAAUCUCAAGCAACAUUACGUAUUCAAAUGGCCUAUCUUGAACAAGCAUUGGCAACGGUGCAACGUGAUCGUGAUACGAUUGAGCAACGUACUUUGGAUCAAAUGCGACAACAACAAUAUCAUGCUAUUGAUGAUCCAUCAACAACGCCAUCAAAUGAUACGGAUGGUUUACGACUCCAAGUGAUUGAAUUGGAAAGCCGUUGCAAUCGCAUACAAAAGAAUCAUGAUCAAGAACGACUUCGAUUACAACGUGCAGUGGAUAAUGCAACCGAUCGCCAAACACAAGCCGAGUAUGCUGUGCAAGGAUUAAAGACAAGUCUCAGUGCUGCUGAAAAAACGGUCGCUGAACUCGAGCUCAAACUGGAAGUAGCCAAAUCGAUGGCCAAGAAGCAACAAGAAGAGCAACAAGCCAAGAUGAUGGAGGCUGAUCAUACAUCGUGUCGUCAAAAUGAAAUGAAUUUGCAACGUGAGAUUGCUGCUCAGCAAGCUGAAGUGAGCCGACUUGAACGAUCCCUGCAGCAAUUAUCAGAACAACAUCAACGUGAAAUAGCCGCUCAAAGGACUGAAAUCGCCCAUCUUCAGCAAUCACUUCAGCAAUUAUCUGAACAACAACAACGUGAACGUGGUGCUUGGGAACAAAAAUUACGUGAAGAAUUCUCAGCCUUGUAUUAUCAUGAAAAAGAAGCAUACAAGGUGCAAGUCUCUCGUGAGAUGCGUAUGUUGGCCAACAAGGUUGCGGAACAAGAGGCUGAUCUCGAGAGUAUGGAACGUCGACAGCAACAAGAUGCCAAGGCCGUUGCUACAGCUGAAUCCAUGCGACGUGCUAUUGAAGCAAGAUGCAACGAGAAACGGGUUGCAUGGGAAGACGAGGAAAAGAAACUCAGGAUGACCAUUGUUGGAUUGGAACAAAAAGUAUCUCGACUUGAACAAGAUGCCUUGCAGCUCUAUAGCAGGAAUCUCAAAUUGGCACAUCAACUCGGGCAGUGCGCACCGUGA